UUAAAAUAAUCAUAAACAUAUAUUAUUGAAACAGUUAUUUUAAAAAAAGCUUUCAUAACAUUCUUAAAUAAAAAUAAUUCAGAUGAUAAUGGAUCAACAACAAUAAAAUUACAAAUCCUACCUUAGACAUAAUAAAUAUGAUAAAACAUAACAUUUUCGAGAAAGAAGUUGAGCAAGAAAAAGAAAAAAAUAACAAUUUGAUAAGACUGAUUUCCAUAUUGCAAAAUAAAAAUACAAAUCUAUGACAGCUAAAAUUGUUGAUCUCCUAAUGCAAUAAGAAUGACUAAUUAUUAAUAUUUAUAAUUACUGUAAAUGGACUACAGAUACAACGUAAUUAGUAUACAUAAAACAAUAUCUUGAAUCUAAGGUGAUACAAAUAUAAAUUAUAUCCAAAUUUGUACAUAUAAGAAUGAGAGAUGAGUCGGAUUUAAAAUUAAGCCAAUUAUAACUAUAGUUAAUAAGCAUUGCAUUAAAAUCAGUAUGAAAUCAAUCCAGAUAAUGUAACAUUGUUGAGAAAAUAACUCAUAUAAACAAUGUAAAAACCAAUACAUUGAGUGACAUAACAAUCAAAUACAUUUGUAAAUGUGUUAACACUAUCCAAUUCCAUCCUUUUAUUUGUAUGUAACAAAAAUAAUUAAAUUACAAGCAUACAGAAGUUAAUCCUCAAAAUGCCUGACAUUUUUAAGAAGUCCAAUUAAAUACAUAAUUGUCAAAAAGUCGUGAGAAAAAAAUUGUCAUGACAGAGAAUAUAUAUAAAAAAAAAAUAGUGAAGAGGAAAUUUAAUAAUAUACAGUACACUGAUAUGAAAUAAAAACUUUGGAAGCAAAGUAACAUUAACAAUACUAUGUACCUAUGACUGAUAAAAACAUGCUAUGUAUAAAUAACUGAUAAAAAUAAAUACAAUCGUUAUUAUUAUUCAAUUAACUAAAUCAAUUAUUUACAGGGUUAUAAAUGACUUAAACUUCAAAAUAUUAAUAACAUAUCACUGCUAACACUUAAAACUGAUAUGUCAAAACUAAUGCAAACUAAUGAUAAAAAUGUCACAGUAAUAAACAUUGUCACAACAGCAUUGGUUUUCAUAAAUACGAAAUGUACACAAAAACUUCACCAAACGUGAGUAUAUAAUGUCAUUAAAAUAAUUAGUGCAAGGAAACAAUUGUUUGUAAAAACAUAAACUAUGUAAAGUUGACAAAGAGCGUUACUAUGCUAAUGGCUAACAAAAACUUACCAGUAUUAUUUCUGUUCGAAACCGAUACUCUACUGUUUCCUUUACGUCUCGAUCUUCUGGGGUAAUAUCUUGAAGAGCCGUAAGAAGCACUCGGCAUUUUUAACUCUAAAACACACUAUGAUGAAAAACUAUUUCGUGAAGCACAAACCCAAUCACCGAGCAGCCAUUACUAAAGGCGGAAGCAAAACCCGUAAUAAUGACGUCACGAGAUCACAUGAUAUUUGGUUUUAUGAGGAGGUAAAAUAAAAUGGAUACUGUUGUGAGAGGUGUUUGUGUGUUACCUAUAUUAGGAUGUUGUAUUUUAUCGGCGAUGUAUGUGUUGAGUUUGUAUGUUUGGCAAAACACCCAUCUGAGAAACCAUCCAUCGAUUAUAAAGAAACGUUCUCUUAGUGUUUUUGUGACUGCUCUUAUUUCACCUAUUAUUAUAUAUGUAUUUGGGAGUCCUGAAAUGAUCAAUAAACACAGCAUGAUGGAUUUACUUGGCUUCAGAAUUGAAGGUUUAUUUAUGGCCUGCACUGUUCCUCUCAUUUUGACGAUGAUUCUUUUUCUCGGACCAUUGACCAUGCAAAGUCACAGUGACAAUUGGCAGCUCUAUGCAGAACCAAUGUACUGGUUGAACAACUGCCGGGAUUUGGUGUGGUUACGGGAUCAUGUUGUUGCACCAUUCUCUGAAGAAUUAACUUUUCGUGCUUGUAUGCUUCCACUUUUGAUGGACUGUCUACAACCACAUGAUUCAGUCUUUAUUUGUCCUCUAUUUUUUGGAUUUGCUCAUUUCCACCAUGUUGUUGGAAGAGUGAAGAAUGGAUAUAAAUUAAGAUCAGCAGUACUUCUCUCAGUUUUCCAGUUUUUAUAUACGACUAUGUUUGGUGCUUAUUCUGCAUUGCUAUUCCUAAGGACUGGUCAUUUUGUUGCGCCAUUUUUGGCUCAUGCAUUUUGUAAUCAUAUGGGUUUCCCCAAUUUCAGAGAAGUAUUUGCUUAUGAUGAACCAAAGCGUAGUACAACUUUAUUUUUGUGUAUAGUUGGCUUACUAGCUUGGUGUUAUUUAUUGGAACCCCUAACGAAUCCACUUUGGUACCAAAAUACUCUUUAUUGGAAAUCUUAACAGUAAGCAUUUCUAUUUUAUUGUUUUGUAAUUAUAGAAAUGAUUUUAAAUUAUAUCCUUCAUUAGCAUGUUCACACUGGCACUGCAAUUCAUGUUUUUCUCCUAAAGACAGGGCAGCUACACUUUAAGCUCUUCAUUCUAUGGGACGUGCCAGAACUAAAGCAUAAAAAGAAAAUUUAUCACAAGGAUAGCCGUUCUUUAUGUUAUUGAAUUAAAGUUAUGUUGAUAUUAUCAAAUUAAAAUUAUGUAUAUGAUACAUUUUUGAUGUUUUUAAUUGGUAGCUAUUUAAAAAUGUUUUCUAGUUACUUAACGUAUUAAAUUUUUGUUGUUAUGCUCCGCCUGAUAGCACAAUCAAAUACGAGCCACCCGUUGUACGCGCCGCAUGAUAAGGCAGUCUUGUGCGAGCAACCGGUGAUACCAGCAUGAACAUGUUAAUGAAUAGCUAUAAUAAAAUUUAAAAUGAUAGGCUGCUCUCUCUUCUUUAAUUUAUUCAAAGGGAAGUAGUAAGUGGGAUGAAUUUCUAUUAAUGUGAUAUGAACAUUAGUAUUCAUCUAUUGAUACAAUUUUUAAUUACAUUUACAUGAACAAUGUCUCUUUAAAGUGUAUAAAUAUUUACACUCUAACAUAAACAUGUGCAUCUGCAAAUGCGUUCACACACAACUGAAAUAUAUAUAAAUAUUUUUAAGUGAAGAUAAACGAACAUUUAUUUUAACAAAAUGUUGAUGGUUGCACUGAAUAAAAGGUUUACACACACACAUGUAUACAUUUAUAUGUUUAUCUUCAAAAGACAUGAAUAUUCGCGUGUGGGAUUCUUAUCCACUAAAACCAACCUCCCUUCACCUGUUUAUUUCCCUUCAUGGAACCGCCAUUAGACAUUACAUCAUAGAGGAGAAUGGCAAUGUGCUGUCUCAUUAUUUUAUGCCCAUUUA